UAAGAUAGCAAUUUCAGACAAUAUUUAGAAAAGGAAUAAUUGACUCUAUAGCAGGUUAUAGAUAGAUAAAUUUCCCUUUUUAUCGAUCGUCUAUUUUCUUCGACAGAAAUUCGCUCGACUGAGUUAAUAUUUAGUGUGCCGAAAGUACGCAUUCAACCGGCACCUUCAGAAUAUGGUAUUUCAAUUAUCCUUUAUUUUUUAAUAAAUGCAUGUUUAACUCUGUUUCUAAAAUGUCAUCAGUAGUCAAGAUUGAUGGAAGUUUAGGUGAAGGGGGUGGACAAAUUUUGAGAAUAGCUCUAUCUUUAAGUGCACUUUAUGGAAUACCUAUAGAAAUUAAUAAUAUAAGAGCAGGCCGAACUAAACCUGGAUUAGCAGCUCAACAUUUAAAAGGAGUGGAAUUAGUGAAAGAAAUGUGUAAUGCAGAAGUUUCUGGAGCCUAUGUAGGAUCUACACAUUUAAAAUUCUAUCCAAAAUCAUUACAUAAACAUGCAACUGAAUUUAAAGCUGAGAUACAGUCAGCUGGCUGUAUAUCUUUAUUGGCACAAGUUGCAUUACCAUGUGCUUUGUUCCUACCACAAAAAUCUGAUAUUCUAUUAAUUCUUAAAGGAGGCACAAAUGUUCCUUUGGGACCUCAUAUAGAAUAUCUUACAGAAGUAGUUAGACCCACAUUGAAUAAAUUUGGAGCAGAUUUUGAUUUUGUUGUUUUGAAAAGGGGUUAUUAUCCAAAAGGAAGAGGUAUAGUGCAUUUACGUAUAACACCAAUAAGAAACUUGAAUGCAGUUGACAUAACUGAUCUUGGCAUACCUUGUGACAUAUCAGGCUGGGCUUUUGUUGCCGGAUAUAUAAAUAUAAAUGAAGCAUAUAAAAUGGCUAUUGAUGCUAAAACUUCCUUAACUAAUGAACUAAUAAAAAAUAAUAUUCAAGUUCCUCUUAUCGAUAUUAAAUCUUAUAAAGAAGACAAACGAGUAACGGUCGAAAAUGGAUCUGGUAUUAAUAUAGUUUGCUCAACAACAACAGGCUGUAUAUUUGGUGGUUCUGGUUUGAACAUGCCAUCUUCAAUAGGAACUCCUGGCAUGAAAAGUCCAGGUGUAGUUGCAGCUAAUAAUAUUUUAGAACCAUUACUAAACGGAGCAUGCGUAGAUAAUAAUAAUCAAGAUCAAAUAAUAAUUUUCAUGGCAUUGGCUAAAGGAAUUUCAAGGGUUAAAGUAGGAAAGCUUACUCUUCAUACUGAGACUGCCAUGAAAGUUGCAGAAAUAAUGUUAGCUAAUCGUGGACUUCGUUUUAAUUUAUUAGAAAAUGAAGAUGUAGAAAAUUCAACUUCCUAUAUUUUAGAAUGUGAAGGAUGUGGAUUAAUCAAUAAUUUUGCAGAAUAACAUUAAAAAUAUAUUAGAUACGACAGUAAUUCGUGUUAAAUAUUUAAAAUAAAUUUAUAGUUAAUUAGAUUUUGUUUAUUCUUAUAAGAAUUAAAUUAUCUUUACAUAUAGAUUGCAAUAUUUUAGACUAGGUUUUUUUAGUCUAUUUAAAUAAUUUUUACUUGAAUAUUCAUAUAGAUCAAGUAUUAUACACAUUGUCAAUUUAUCUUAUAAAUGAAAUUUUGCAAAAUUAAUUGCCAGUACUUAAAUAUUAGUAUCUUUGAUGGAUAAUAUUUCUAUUAUACAAAAAAUGUAAAUCGUUAAUAUUAUUCCUCUUUUUGUCUAAAAAAUGGUUCCAUAGCUCGUAAAAUUUCAUUUUCAAAUAAUUCACUAGAAAAUCGAUUAACAGAUGCUCUGAAAAAAUGACAUUAAAAUUAAAUACAAAAUCCAAUAUAACAAUUUACGAAAAAGUGUGUUUUAAAUUUGUGUUAUGAUACCUUGCAGCUAAUCUGAUAGUCUUUUUAUCUUCAGGAUACAUAUUUAUAAUAUGUGCUAUAAUUUUCGCAUAUUCUUCUGCUUCUUCUGCUAAAAAACCAGUUUGACUACCUGGCUGUGUUUCUAUUAUGUCUGCUCUGAAAUAUUACAUUUUUAGUUAAAACAAA